AAGUGCACCGAUGCUGUCCAAUACCGUCGCGACGCCGCCUGGAGUCAUGGCUCUCCGGCUGAGCGUUUCUAACGCACACAACCAACUUUAAACUUCUACCCAAAGCCGUUCUGACCCGCGGAUUUGCUUCGUGGCCGGUUAAAUUCGGUCAUGUGCCGUUAAGUCGCCCGAGGGACUGCCUGAGCCACACAUUUCACGGAAAGUUUUGGAUAGAUCUGUGACUGCGGGGCGUUCGUUCUUGUGAAUGCACGCACGGGACGAAAUAUCGCCUGCCUGCUCACUUUGUACUUUCGCAUUCACCAUUAGGCAGUUUAACGAUUUCCGCGAACUUAAUAUGCGUAAUUCGCCGGACGUUGGACCGUCAGAGGAGUUAGUCGCGGCUGACGAGUCGAUCGGAGCCGCACAAGUGUUGUGACACCGGGCCAAGACACCACUCGAGAAGUAUGAUAAAGGCACCUUCAUCGGACCCACAGGGCUCCUCUCACAACAAUGAUCCACAGAGUGGCCCUUUCACAGAGGAGCAGCUGAUGAAUCCAAGUCUGAGCUCUGGUUGUACUUUUCACAUGCAACCAGUCCUGUCCGAGCCUUGCUAUGAAGAGAACCGGCUUAACAGAGUAAAUUCUCAGGCCCAGACUGUUCCCGUGAUUGCUGAUGGCCAGGCCAAGCUGUAUGCCUCCAGGGCUGUACGCCUGUUUUCCACCCAGACAAAAUGUGAGGACAGCGCUCCGCUCAGAGGACCGCCUGUCACUCCACAGGCUUGGUCUGGAUUGGCUAGUUUCCGUGUUAUGGGUUCUUUCAAAAAACUGCGGACUUCUGUGCUCCAAGGAAUCCAGAACCGGAGCAAUGCGAUGGCAGCAGGUCAGGAGAGAAAUCCAUCUUCGAUGUUUGAGGAUGGCAGUAGUUUCUUAGUAACCAAACGAGAGGUUGCAACCAAUCAAAUCCAGGAAACUGGCAAAGUGUCAAAUGGGACAGCUCAAACUGGAAAGAUGUCUUCAGUUUUGGAUGAAGAUGAUUGUGAAGAGGAAGUGAGUGGGUUUCAGAGAAACUCUCACUUCUCUCAGAGUAUCCGCAAGGCUUAUGGAGCAGGACGUAUUUCAUUGCUCGACAUAGUCAAGACAGAGAGUCCAACUGACAGUGAGCCUGACCCCAGCAGCACUGUGGAGUCUGUUGUACCUUGCAAGAACCUUGAAACUCAAGAAAGUGUCAAGGUUCUCAAAAGACUAAGCAAGAGUGCAGAUAAUCUCCAUGUCUUCAAAGGUCAUUUUAGACGCAAAGAUGAGCCACAGAAUCCAGAAUGCACCAGUGCUAUGAUUCUUCAGAGGACCAACAGUUCUUCAUCGGUUGACUUACAGGAACAUGGUUCAGGUCGACGUCAAAGCCCCUUGAGGACACGUGGACAUUUGCAAAAGCUUGUCGGUAGUUUAACCGACUUGUCUGUCAAGCGGAAAAACACUCCAGUCCCCGCCUCCAAAAUACCUCUGUCACCUCUCAGUCAGCUACAUGAUGACUACUCUCGUAGAACCCCAUGUGUACCAAUGAGUGGGCGGCAGCGGAGGCCUUCACCCACACCCAGCACAGCCCAGCAGGCCAACACUUACCAACACACCCCAACUUUACACCCCGCACCUUCCUGCCCUGCCGUUUUUAGCUCCACUCUAGAUGAUUCUCUGGAGCCUCCCAGCAAAACUACAGCCCUAAUAAGUGACUAUGUUCGGGUGGCUGUGUCCUCAACGGAUUUCCGUUCAGAACCUCCACUGGAAAAAUACUGUGAACCUAUGGAGUGCCAUCAAAAUGGAAUAAAUCAUCACUACUCUUACAUGCCCAAACAGUGCUCAACCCCCUCUCAAAAGCAGGCAGUCAAUGGUGUUAACGUUAACUUGGAGUGUCUAUGGACUGAAGAGAGGGAGACUGAUGAUCUUGAGGCUUCAUCAGACAUCACGAAAGCAUUUCUCAAAAGUGACGGGAUCACCGCUGCUGCUUCACCCGUCACAAACACCUGUUCCUCAGGGUCUCCCCUGGUAACUCCAACAACACCAAUCUCUCCACCCUUCGCCAGUGACUCUCCUGCUUCUGUUGUGCCCAGGAAAAGGGCAGGUCGCUCCAGACCCCGGCCAGUGUCUGACUAUGGCCAGCUGGCCAGCUCAAAGUACUGCAUCCCAGAGGAGGACAGGGAGUCCGAGACUAUGGACUACACUUCCCAAAAGGACUACAAUAGCAAUGGCAGCUACACCGAGAGCCACAGACCAGAGAAUGUGUGCACUCAAACAGAGAGCAGAAAGAGACGUCCCAUCUCUGUUAUUGGAGGAGUGGAUCUGUAUUCUUCCCCAGCUGCUGAGCAGAAAGACGACACUGAAAGCUUGCCUUCUCCGGUAUCCCGUCCUCCGGUGCCCUCUCAUAGAGUGCCUCCAUACCGGGCCGUAUCUGCCCGCCUGAGACCUUGCGUCUUCUCCCAAAGCACACCUAUCGGUCUGGAUAGGAUGGGGAGGCGCAAAGGACGUGUGCUCAGCGAUGGCAGCUCUGAUGCAAUGCUUGAUGACAGUGUGAGUGAGGACGACGGCAGCUUUGAAGAACUGACUGAAGGAACACCAUAUCUACAACCAGAAGUUGAUCUUUUCACGCUCAAUCAGUACAUACAGUCGGGGCAUGCAGUGUAUGCAGAGGCUCUCUGGGACCAUGUCACAAUGGAAGAGCAGGAGCUGGCCUUCAAAGCCGGAGAUGUCAUACGUGUUCUGGAUGUUCGGGAGCAGGACUGGUGGUGGGGAGCGGUGGGAGACCGGGAGGCCUGGUUUCCCUCCAGCUUUGUGCGAGUGCGGGUGAAUCAGGAGGAUUCAAGCAGUGAUAGUGUGGAAAUCACGCCGGAUGCAGAGGAAUCCCUCCCAACAGAUGCCCACAAACAAAACCCAGAGCACAGACAGCAGAUGAGAGCCAAUGUGGUGAAAGAGAUCAUGGACACAGAGCGCGUUUACAUCAAACACCUCAAAGACAUCUGUGAGGGGUAUAUCCGUCAGUGUAAGAAGCACCCUGCCAUGUUUACUGAUGCACAGCUAAAGACAAUCUUCAGCAACAUUGAAGACAUCUACAGGUUCCAGAGAACAUUUCUCAAGGACCUUGAAAAGAAAUACAACCCCGAAAACCCUCAUCUGAGUGAGAUUGGCUCCUGCUUCCUGCAACAGGAGGAAGGUUUCUCCAUAUACUCUGAAUACUGUAACACACAUCCAGUGGCGUGUGCUGAAUUACAACGGUUGAUGAAACAAGGCAGAUAUAAACACUUUUUCGAGGCCUGUCGUCUCUUACAGCAGAUGAUCGACAUCUCCAUCGCAGGCUUCCUACUCACACCUGUACAGAAGAUUUGUAAAUACCCUCUUCAGCUGGGAGAGCUUUUGAAAUACACACCCAAAGUCCACAGUGAUUACACAGGGGUGUGUGCUGCACAUAAAGCGAUGAAGAAUGUGGCGAGUCUGAUAAACGAAAGGAAAAGACGACUCGAGAGCAUCGACACCAUUGCUCACUGGCAGGUGGCCAUCCUUCACUGGGCGGGUGAAGAUGUGUUAACUCGAAGCUCCGAACUCAUCCACUCCGGCGAGUUGACGCGGACUGUGCGGCCCGGCAAGACUCAGCAACGCAGCUUCUUCCUGUUUGACCACCAGCUGGUUUUCUGUAAGAAAGAUGUCCUGCGGAGAGACCUGCUACACUACCGCGGCCGUAUGGACACUGACCUACUGGAGCCAGUCGACCUCCCUGAUGGACGGCAUGCUGAGCUGGGCCUCUUGAAGAACGCCUUUCUCCUGCGACACGCAGAGAACCUCAAUGCGCUGUGCGUGCUGUGCUGCAAAAAGAGCCAGGACAAGCAGCGAUGGCUGCAGGCGUUUGCUCGAGAGCGCAGACGGGUACAGGAAGACCAAGAGAUGGGGAUGGAGAUUACUGAGGCCCAGAGGAAGCAAGCAGUUCACAACGCCAGGAAAACUAAACAAGGAAAUAUGAAGAAAAUAAAUUAUUCUGAUCAUCCUGCGCCUCCUCACCAUCAGCCGCUCCAUCCUCUCCAUCAGCGACAUGUGACUGUGCCAACCAGCAUCCCCCAGCAACAGGUCUUCUCUUUAGCGGAGCCAAAGAAGAAACCAACCCACCUGCUGUACUCACUUGCACGCAGUGCCCUCUUCAGGAAAUGACAAUAAGAGACACUUCGUUUAUUGUUUUUACAUUGGCUGACCAGAUCCACAAAUAAUGAAAUAUUACCCGACUACUACCUGUUUUUAUGUCAUAUUUAAAUGAAUACACAUGAAUACGUAUAUUUAUAUACAUACGUGUGUACAAAUGACACAUGUGCCUCAGUAUAAAGACUCAUUAUUUAGCCUUAAGUCAGUGUGUUAGUGCGGAAAGUGUUAGUUAUUUUAUCUUUGUCAUGUCAUUUUACUGAUAUGGUCAAAAAGCUGCUUCCCAUUGGGUUCGUCCCAUCCGUCACCUCACCUAAAUGUGUGUCUUUUAUGACAAAGAGUUGUAUUCUGCUUUUUAGCUUCGUGUCUAUAUACUUUUAUUGCUUUACCUGAGGCUGGAGCCUUCUGAAGUGUAAAGACAGAAAACACUAACAUCUAUCAUUCUGUAAAUAAACGUGAACCAAAUUUA